AUGACUUCUGAUGUUCACAAUGAAACCCUGGGGAACUGGUUCAAAGUCACAAUUCCGAAUGGAAGAAAGUAUGACAAGACAUGGUUAAUGAAGUCAAUCCAGAACCUCUGCAGUGUGCCAUUCAGCCCUGUGGAUUUCCACUAUGACAAACACCAAGCCCGGUUCUUUGUCCAGGAUGCUAGAACUGCCUCUGCAUUGAAGGAUGUCAGCUACAGGAUUUGUGAUAACACAAACAGAAAGAUAUCUAUCUUUGUCACUCCUUCUGUUGUACCUUAUUCUGUGAAAAAUAAAUUAACAUCAAAACAAAUGGAACUGCUAAAGGUGACUGUGAUGAAACGAUAUGAUGCUUCCCACAAAGCACUGGACCUCGAGAAACUUCGCUUUGACCAAGAAUUAAUGGACAACGAUAUUGACAUGAUGCUGAAUCGAAGAAGCUGCAUGGUUGCCACACUACAAAUCAUUCAAAGCAAUAUACCUGAACUGUUGUCCUUGAACUUGUGCAACAACAAAUUGUACCAGCUGGAUGGUUUGUCUGACGUGAUAGAGAAGGCCCCUCAAGUAAAGAUUCUGAACCUCUCCAGAAAUAAACUCAAGUCAGUUCUGGAAUUGGAGAAGGUGAAAGAGCUGAAGUUGGAAGAACUAUGGCUUGAAGGGAACCCCUUCUGCAACAAAUAUGCAGAUCAAUCUGACUAUAUAAGUGCCGUACGAGACCUAUUUCCCAAGUUGUUGCGCCUGGAUGGUAAUGAACUAGUAGUACCAAAAAGAAUGGAUGUAGAAGUGCCUCAAGCAAGCAAGGAAACCACUAAAGAAUCUGAAUUCAUAAAAAAUCUAAUAGUGCAGUUUUUAAAGGAAUACUACUUGUUUUAUGACAGUGGAGACCGACUCCGUCUCCUUGAUGCUUACCAUGAUGAGGCUUGCUUCUCUUUGGUCAUUCCUUUCAACUUCAAUGACCCAAACAUGAGCAACUUGGAAGAGUAUUUCAAAUACAACAGAGAUAUAAAGAAGAUGAAAGACUCCUACAUGCGACUGCGAUUGCUGAAGCACACAAAACGUGACAUUGUAGAUUCUCUUAGUUUGUUACCCAAAACUCAGCAUGAUUUCUGCUCUUUCUGGGUGGACAUGUGUUUCCACACCGAUAUGAUGCUCUGUUUUUCUGUCAAUGGACUGUUCAAGGAAGUGGAAGGAAAAUGCCAAGGCUGUAUUCGUGCCUUCACGAGGAUCUUCAUUGCUAUCCCGGGAAUGAAUUCAAGAAUAUGCAUCAUAAAUGAUGAGCUGAUUGUGAGGAAUGCCACCCCCAGUGAAAUAAAGAAAGCCUUCAAUUCACAGUCCACACCUAACUCUUCUGUACAGACUCCUCUCUCCGAAGAGCAGCAAGAGAUGGUGAAAUCUUUUUCUGUGCAGUCUGGAAUGAAACUUGAAUGGUCUCAGAAGUGCCUUGACGAUAAUGAGUGGAACUACACCAAAGCUGGUGAAGUCUUCACCAUCCUCAAGAAUGAGGGAAAAAUCCCAAAGGAAUUCUUCAAAUAAGUGCCCUAAGGAGCUUGUGUGGAUAUGGUGGUAUCCUUCCUCGUCCACAUUAUUUCUGUUUAUAAGGCCUUUCCCAUACCUCGUAGUAAAGGCCCAGAUGACCAAAAAACCAAAGCUAAUAUGAAGGCCAGAUAAAAUAGUCCCCUUUCUCCUGGCAAUUACUUUGUUUUGCCCUCAAUAUGUCUGUUAAUUUUCAAAAUAAAGAAAAAUGUUUUA